UCCGACUGGUUCCUUUAUAAAGCCAGAGGAGAGAGAGGGAGAGAGGGAGAGAGGGAGAGAGAGAGAGCUGCUGGAAACAUCUGGAGAGAACAGCAGCAGGAUCAGGAUGCACCUCCUCGCUCUGCUCUGGACACUCGGCCUCCUGCUGAAGGAGACGCAGGCGUGGGGCUUCAGGGACGGAAUAUUUCACAACUCAAUAUGGCUCGAACAAGCAGCUGGAGUUUACCACCGGGAGUCGCGCAAAGGGAGAUACCAGCUGACGUAUAAAGAGGCCAAGGCAGUCUGCAAGUACGAGGGAGGGAAUCUGGCCACUUACGCAGAGCUGGAGGCCGCCCGCCAAAUAGGUUUCCAUGUGUGUGCAGCUGGAUGGUUUGAUAAAGGACGUGUUGGAUAUCCCAUCGUCAAACCCGGGGCCAACUGUGGUUUUGGGAGGGUGGGAAUCAUCGACUACGGCUACAGGCUGAACAAGAACGAGAAGUGGGACGUGUACUGCUACAACCCAAACUCGAAGGAGUGUGGCGGAGUGCUGACAGAACAAGAGAAGGUCAUUCAUUCCCCCGGUUUCCCCGAGGAGUACGAGGACGAGCAGAUCUGCUACUGGCACAUCCGAGUCCGCCUGGGCCAGAGGAUCCACCUCCGCUUCCUGGAGUUCGACGUGGAGGACGACACGGCCUGCAUGGCCGAUUAUCUGGAGGCGUUCGACAGCUACGACGACGUCUCAGGCUUUGUCGGGAGGUUCUGUGGGGAAUAUUUACCUGAUGACAUCAUCAGCACAGGAAACGUGAUGACGCUGAAGUUCCUGUCUGACGCUUCAGUCACAGCCGGAGGCUUCCAGCUACAAUACUCAGCCUUUAAUGCGUCUCUGUUCCCGCACAACUACACCCAGAGUUUUCACUGACUUUAACACACUGAUGUCAUGCUGUUGCUGUAUUUAUAAUGUUAUUGGUCACAUUGUGUGCUGUAAUAAAUGAGACUUUAUGGCUCAUUACAGGAAUAUUUCUGUCAAAUAAACAAGGUCAUUAAAUUGUACUGACUUUA